AUGUCACUACACACUCCAACAAAACUCGGUGAUCAAUCUGCGCAUUCUGCUAAUGAUUUAUACUGGAAUGAGAGCGAUGAUGAUUUUUGCAAUGAGUACAACGCUUCCGAUUCAAAUAUUCUGCAUAAUGCAAGUGUUCUUCGCGAAACAUCUAUGAAUGCCCGAGAACCAUCCACAAAUAUCGUCAACAAUCAUUCAUGCAAUAACUCAUAUCAAUGUGCAACAACUAAUGCAAGUACUCAAGAAACGGUCGACACGUCUAUUCCAACAAUACGUGUCCUUCACCAUGUUGAGCCAUCGUCGUCACACGUUGUGUGUUCUUCAAACGUGCACCAUCAUUAUCAUCAUCACCAUCAUCCCCAAACAUUUUCCGGGCAGCAUCGAGUGUACAUGCCUACAUCUCUAUGUUCUGAGAGUCAAUCUUCAAAUCAGUAUCAUACAAUGCCGCCGUGUUAUGAUCGACAUUCGCAAUACUUUUCUCAUCCAACUUUUUUACGUCAGCAGCAGUGCAUACGACCUAAUAUUCAACGAUAUGUACAGAAUACAGGACAGGCAUUACAAAUGCAGCAUCAUUUUCCUGAGGUAGCCAUCCCUCAGGUGCCAUCUCAUUUUCUCACUCAAUUCCUCAAAAAUACUAGCAGUGCAUCGAUGAAUAUUGCUGUCAAUUUUAAGAAAAAGCCCAUUACAAGCCACGCAGACUCAGUAUGUUCAAAUUGUGGCACAAAAGAAACGACCCUAUGGCGCCGUAGCAACACAGGUGCUAUUGAGUGCAAUGCUUGCAAUUUGUACUAUCGCAAAAACAACCGUCCACGACCUGUAACUAUGGUGAACAAAAUACGAAAGCGAGUAAGAGUACAUCGUUUCGGUUUCUCGUAA